UAACAAGCGCACUAAACAUCCAUCCCGCAUUCGAACUGCCCUCUCCGGCAGUCUCUGUCCCACAAUGCAUUCCGACCGGCAGCCUUUGAAAAAGCGGCGCGGCUCAUUCAAGAUGGCGGAGCUGGAGCAGCUGCUGGACGAGAGCUCUUCAGCAAAAGCUCUUGUGAGUUUGAAAGAGGGCAGUUUAUCUAACACAUGGAAUGAAAAACACAGCUCUGUACCAAAGCCUCAGAACAGUAAGGGAAGAAGCAACUAUUCAUCCAUGGAAACGCCAACAAGAAGCUCUAAAAGGAGCCGCUUGCUUUGUGAGGAUGAAGACCGACAGAUGAACUCCAGGUCUCCUAGAAGAAGCCAGAGAGUAAUUACAGCACCUCAGAAACUUACAACUGUUGCAACUCCAGAUAAGAAAGCAUCACAAAAGAUUGGGUUGAGACUGCGAAACCUCCUCAAACUUCCAAAAGCACACAAGUGGUGCAUUUAUGAAUGGUUUUAUUCCAAUAUUGACAGGCCUUUAUUUGAAGGGGACAACGAUUUUUGUGUGUGCUUGAAGGAAUCAUUUCCAAAUCUUAAAACUAGGAAAUUAACCCGAGUAGAAUGGGCUACAAUAAGAAGAUUAAUGGGAAAACCUAGAAGGUGUUCAGCAGCAUUCUUUGCAGAAGAGCGAUCAGCACUCAAACAGAAAAGGCAAAAAAUUAGAUUACUGCAACAAAGGAAGUUUACAGAUGUGUCACACUGCAAAGAUCUUCCAGAGGAAAUACCACUGCCUUUAGUUAUUGGAACAAAAGUUACAGCUCGACUGAGGGGUGUACAUGAUGGCCUUUUUACAGGACAGAUAGAUGCAGUUGACACAAGUGCAGCCACCUACAGAGUUACGUUUGACAGAAAUGGAUUAGGAACACACACUGUUCCUGAUUAUGAAGUUCUCAGCAAUGAACCUCAUGAGACGAUGCCGAUCUCAGCCUUUGCUCAGAAACAGCGGCCUUCCCGGUUCCAAGCUUUUAUGACCCCACCCCGUCUGCCUUACACAACUUCUGUACAGCACCCUAUCAUGGAUAACGAUCCCCUUCUUGGUCAGUCAUCUUGGAAGAGUAAGCUGUCGGGCACUGAUGGAGAGACACUGGGUGGUUUUCCAGUGAAGUUUCUUGUGCAAGUCACAAGGUUAUCAAGAAUCCUCAUGAUUAAGAAAGAGCAUAUCAAGCUGUUGAAGGAAAUGAAUACUGAGGCAGAGAAACUGAAAUCCUACUCAAUGCCAAUAGGAUUUGAGUUUCAGAAGAGGUAUGCUACCAUUGUGCUCGAUUUAGAGCAGCUCAACAAAGAUCUCAACAAAGUCUUGCAUGAAGUGCAAGCGUACUGUUAUGAGCUGGCUCCUGAGCAGGGCAUGCAGCCAGCAGACCAGCCCUCUGAUCUGCGGCGACGAUGCGAGGAAGAAGCCCAGGAUAUAGUAAGACAGGCAAACACACUGUCCAACGGGCAUUACUCUAUCCAGAAUGAAAGCCUUACAGAUCUCAUCUCAAGGCUCACAGCACUCCUUCUCCAGAUAAAGUGUCUGGCAGAAGGGAGUGACUUGAAUUCUUUUGAAUUUAAAUCCUUGACUGAUUCACUUAAUGACAUCAAGAACUCAAUAGAUAGUUCAAAUAUCAGUUGCUUCCAGGAUAAUGUGGAGAUUCAUGUUGCACAUAUUCAGAGUGGUUUGAGCCAGAUGGGGAAUCUUCAUGCAUUUGCGGCCAAUAACACCAACAGAGUCUAAGUUUUACAACCAUGUGUAUUAUUGUACAGUAUGAGAAAAUGGCUCUAUUAACUGUAAAUAUUUCAUAAAUGUAUGUAAAUAUAAAUCUAAAAACUUAACAGAAUAACAAGAUUUGUCUUCUGCAAAUCUGGCUGAUUUGUGCUUGGAUAUUGUGCCGCAAACAUUUUGAGGCAUGUCGCCUUGAAUAUUCUCUUCAAUUAUAUUUUAUUUCCAGGCUGUAGAGGAAAACAUUUGCAUUUCUUUUUAUUUUGUACACUAUCCUUCAUCUUAAGAUUGAAGUCAUUUCACAUUAUCUUGUCAGUGUGCAUAUGGGGUGCUAAACUAUUUUUUACUUUUUUUAAAAAAAGUCAACCCAUUGUUCAUUCAGUGAAAAGUCAUCAUAAUUCAAGCAGAAAUGUUAUCUUUCUUUGCUUAACAUUGUGCCAAUCCAAAUAAUAUUUAAUCUAUAACAUAGAGUAGCACAUAAGCCUGCUUAAUUAUAUUUCAUUGUCUCCUUGCAGUUUUCAUUUUACAGCAUUGCAAGAAUGAGCAGUCUUAAAUGUGUGUAAAGUUUAGAAAUGUGUACGUAGGAGCAUUGUAAACUACACUGGCUUUAAAGAGUGUCUGGUUUCACCGGAAUGCAUCUAAAAACAGCAGUUUUAUUCACUGUUAAUUGAUAAAUUAAAUGUUUCCUUCUCUGGAGUAUUUUGUUUUAAGCGAAUUGUUAAUUUAAACUUUAAAUACUCAGUACCUUAAGUGGAGCAAGAAUAUUGCUCUGAGAAACUUCUUAAAUAUUUUAAAACACCCUUCCCUACUUAUUCAACCUGAUAAUUAAAAAAUGUCUGAAUUGAAUCUUAAAGUUGAAUUCAGUCACUUCAUUUCUAUACACUACCUUUCCAGUGACCUUGUGGUGCCUUUUCAUUUGGAACUGAUAAAAGAUGCUCCACUAACAUGUUACUGGAUAUUCUCUUAAUGCAUUUAGAAGUAUAUUGUUCUGCUUAAAUUAUUAUACAUGAAUGCCUUUGUGCCAAGCAAGGUUUCAUCCAUAGUAGUUCCAAUUUCCCUUUUAACCAAAUUUUAUGGCAAUAUUUUUCUGUUACUCAAGCCUCUAGCAAAUCUAAAAAAAAAAGUUUUGUAAAAAAUACAAAGGUAUAUCUUGCUCAAAGAGCAUAACAUGGAAGAAUGUUAGCACUCUGCAGGACAUCUUUUGGGUAGGAUUUUACUUUUUAAUUUGUUGCAUCUUUUUACUAGUUAGGGUGUCUGUGCAGUUCAUUGUGUAUUUACUGCAGAAUUUUAAUUUAUUUAAUGUUAUACUUCUGUGUAAGCAAACAUGGCAAUGCAUUUUGCAAUUUAAAAUGUCUAAUCCAGCAAUGCUUUGUAAAGUGAUUGUUUUGUGUAGAUUAUUGUAAAGUUGAAAAUUAGUUUUUGAAGCUUUUAGGUUUAUUGUAGUAGUGUUUCAAAAUACCUCUUAUAUGUAGAGGUGACUUUUUUACUUUUAUGUAAGUAUAUUAAAAGAAAAUAUUUUUAUCUUCAAAUUUUGUACACAAUUACCAAUUUUUGCUAUCUUUUCAAGAGGAAUUGUGAAGUUUUAAUCACCUUAACUAUCCCCUCCUGUUUUUAAGAUCUACUUCUGUUCAUAAUCACAACGCUACUUGUAUGUCCUUGGAAAAAAUAGUAAGUGCACCCUUUAAGAUGCAAAUAAUUUAAAGCUUCUUUAUAGUCACAUACCUAGUAAUGUACCUUCUAAAGCUACACAAAAUACAAACACAGGUUUUAAUGACUUCAUAACUUUUGACUCACUGGGUGUCUGUGCAUAUUUUAGCAUUCUGGUAAUGAUCUUUAAAUGUGUAUUUGUAAAUAUUUUCUUUGCAGUUCUGAAGCAUUAAAAAAUUAUGAAAGCAAA